AUUCAUCAAUCUAUCAUGUCUAUCAUCCAUUUCCCUUCAUUUUCUCUUCAAUUCCUCUUUCUCUCUCUCCUAAUAUUCCUUUUCCUGACUUUCUCUAAUAUUUUCUCGAGAAAAUUCUAACUUUAACUUUAACUCUAGCUCCAACUCAAUCCUUUGUCCCGAACCCAGAUCCGAUUCUACUUCCCAAAUUCUUGCCACGAAUUUCCUUUGCUUUAGAUUCUUCUCUGUCUAUUUUUUAUUUGUUCCUUCAACAAAAACAAAAAAUAAUAAAAAUUCCUUCUUUAUCCAUUUAUCCCCUUCCAAAUCCCAUCCUUUUUCCCUCUGGAAACUUUCUCAGAAUAUGCAUUUUAGUGAUCCAUAUCUUUACUGACAAAUGGGUAUUGCUUUUGUUUUUUAAGCAACCUCAUGGUUCGUCUUGUACAGUUGUAAAAUAGAUUAUAAAGGGUUUUCUUUAUUUUGUAUUGUUUGUGUGUUUUAUGAAUAAUUUUGGUGGAUCUGAGACCAGGGAGUUUUGUGUUGGUGUUUUAUUUGGUAAAUGAAUUUGAUUGUGAUAUAAACAAGUCAAAAAAAGAAGGGUGAAAUUUCGUUAAAUCAUAUUGUUUGAUCCGGGUUAAUAUAGAUCCAUGGAACAAGUAAUUGGUGGCAAGUUUAAGCUGGGUCGGAAGAUCGGGAGUGGUUCGUUUGGGGAGCUUUAUUUAGGUGUGAAUGUGCAAAGCGGUGAGGAAGUUGCUGUUAAGCUGGAGUCUGUGAAGACCAAGCAUCCUCAGCUUCACUAUGAAUCCAAAUUAUACAUGCUGCUUCAAGGAGGAACGGGUAUACCCCAUCUCAAAUGGUUUGGAGUUGAGGGCGAAUAUAAUGUCAUGGUUAUUGACCUUCUUGGACCUAGCCUGGAAGACUUGUUUAAUUAUUGUAAUCGGAAGUUCACUUUGAAAACAGUCUUAAUGCUUGCAGAUCAGUUGAUAAACAGAGUUGAGUAUAUGCACUCCCGUGGUUUUCUUCACCGUGAUAUAAAGCCUGACAACUUUUUAAUGGGUUUAGGGCGCAAAUCAAAUCAGGUUUACAUCAUUGAUUAUGGCCUUGCAAAGAAGUAUAGGGAUCUUCAAACACACAAGCAUAUACCAUACAGGGAAAAUAAGAAUCUUACAGGAACAGCUCGUUAUGCAAGUGUAAACACUCACCUUGGAGUUGAGCAAAGCAGAAGAGAUGAUCUGGAAUCCCUUGGUUACGUGCUUAUGUAUUUUCUACGGGGAAGCCUUCCAUGGCAGGGACUAAAAGCAGGUACCAAAAAGCAGAAAUAUGAUAAAAUUAGCGAGAAAAAGAUGCUUACUCCCAUUGAGGUUCUUUGCAAAUCCUAUCCAUCAGAGUUCACAUCGUACUUCCAUUAUUGCCGGUCAUUGCGGUUUGAAGACAAACCUGAUUACUCAUACUUGAAGAGGCUUUUCCGGGACUUGUUUAUUCGAGAAGGUUAUCAGUUUGAUUACGUGUUUGAUUGGACCAUUUUGAAGUAUCCACAGACUGGUUCCAGUUCAAGAGCACGACCAAGUGGGAAACAAGCUUUGAAUGCUGCAGGACCAUCAGCUGAAAGAUUAGAGAGGCCUUCAGUAGGACAAGAGGUUCGAGAUAGACUGUCUGGUGCAGUUGAAGCCUUUGUUAGACGGAAUGCCUCUGGGCAUGGUUUGCAUGGUGAUCACUCCAGGCACAGAUCUUCUGAAGAUGUGCCAUCAUCGAAAGAUGUGCAAGCUGAUUCCGAAAGGGCUCGCUCCUUAUCUCGAAAUGGAAGUUCUUCAAAGAGGGUUGUCUUAGGAAACAGCCGACCAAGCUCCUCUGGUGAACCCAGUGAGAAUCGGUCAAGCCGACUGGUUUCAAGCAGUGGUCGGCUGUCUACAACUCAAAGGAUACAGCCUGGGUUUGAAUCCAAAUCAUCAUCUUUUGCUCGUACUGCAAACACAAGAAGUGGUCGUGAUGAUGCACUUCGGAGCUUCGAGCUCCUGACAAUUGGCACGGGAAAGAGGAAAUAAAGAACAUACUCCCAUCUGGUAAGAAGAAAUUGUGUUGUGGGUGAAAAUUUUCUUUAUGGCUCCUAUCAAGAUCCCCAGUACUGUAAAUUUUUUUACAGUACUCUGUAUAUGUGUAUCCAUUACUGGACUCUUAUCCAUCGGCAGCCAUAGCUUCACAAAUCUUAUCCUAUGAAAAAAAAAAAAAAAAAAAAAAAAA